CUCCCGCCAUCAGAGAACGUUGAUACCAUCACCCUAUUCGACAUCCUUUCAGGCCCCCUUAUAUCCUGCACAUGGCAGUUCAACUUCCUUUUCGACAUACCUUUCAUUUACUCCCACUUCGACCCCGAUACGGCGGAUGCAUGCUGCAUCAAGAUUGUGCACGGCUUCUGGAAGACGGAGGAUCCAACACGGCAUACUUUAUACGAAGAAGCAGAGAGGUACAAGAAUGUCGAGUUGAUUGCUGCGUACUUACCCGAUCCUUUUGGUACGCAUCAUACGAAAAUGAUGGUCGUCUUUAGGAGGGAUGACACUGUACAAGUCGUUGUACACACUGCGAAUAUGAUUGAGAAGGAUUGGGGGAACAUGACGAAUGCGGCAUGGUUGUCGCCGCCAUUGCCUUUCAAGAUUGCGGCGUCGCCGGCGACGUCGGAGUUCGAGGUGGAUAUUAUGGCAUAUUUUGCUGCGUAUGGGCGGGAUCGGUUGAAAGCGCUCAUGGAGGAAGUGAAGAAGUAUGAUUUCUCGUCCGUGAAAGUCACGUUUGUCGCAUCGGUUCCGGGCAAGUUUACCACUACGUCUACGAAACGGAUGUGGGGCAUCGAACGCAUGCGAGAUGUACUCUCGCAAGCCCCAUCAACACCCGACACUCCGUCAAGCAAGGACACAAUCAUCGGCCAAUUCAGCUCCAUCGGCUCCCUAGGCCCAAAAGACACCUGGCUCGGCCCUUACUUCCACUCCGCCCUUUCCACCACCUCCUCCUCCACCCCCUCAUCCAGAAAACCCCCACUCAAACUAAUCUUCCCAACCCCGUCCUCAAUCAAAAACUCCCUCGAGGGCUGGUUUUCAGGAGGCUCCAUCCACCUCCGCCUCUCCACCCCACAAAUGCAGUCUCAACUGGAGUAUAUGCGGCCGAUGCUAUGUGAUUGGCAUGCAGUCGAGGCGGGAAGGGAGAGAGCUGCGCCUCAUAUUAAGACGUAUAUGCGGUUAAGUGAGGAUGAGAAGAGCGGGGUGCGGGUUAAAUGGGCACUCCUGACCAGCGCAAACCUAAGUAAACCAGCCUGGGGAACCCCCGUCGCCGGCCGAGACCCUGGUUUCAAGAUCCAGUCCUACGAAGCCGGGAUCUUGAUCCAUCCCGCUCAAUAUACCUCUUCUAAUACCGAGAUCGUGCCGUUGAGGAUGCCGUGGGAUUGGCCGUUGAAAAAAUAUGAGAAGGCGGAUGAGCCUUGGACGCCGGGACCGGCUAGGAUGGAGGUGGAUUGGCGGGGGAUGCCGUGG